GCAUCUUGCCCAGGGACAGCUGACUGGUUGGGAUCUAAUUGCUCUCAAGUGAGGUCAGCAGGAGGCAUUUAUCUAAGCAGAGUGCACAACGACAGUGGAAGAUGCACGGAGUCAGCCUGCCAGAAUCAGGGAGACAUCCAUGGGAAUUGACAGAAGCUCCCAGCUCUUGCUUAGCUUUGCUGCAUUACUGGGAUUGGUUUACAAUUGAGACUACAGCUUUAGAAGUAAAGAGUCUUCAAAUUAAAACUCAUGCUGAAAGGGAACACACUUCUGACUACUCCUGCCAUCACUCUGAGCACAUUGACGUCCUAAAGAACAAUUCCUGAACUGGAUUAUGACGUCCCUUGUCAGACUAUGGUCAAAAGAGGAUGGCACAGUCAUCACAAACCACCACUGAGGACUAAAAGAGAGACAUCAUCUUAUAUUAGUGUCACCUGUCUUCUUCUUCACACCACUCUCCAGCUUCAGGCAACACCAACCAUCCCCAACCGCCUUGUUUCAACGUCCCUCAAGGAAUCCCUGCUGCAGGAACCCGAAGGGACCCGAAGGUCACAACAAAAGGGUCACGAGUCAGGGGUCAGGGGGUCGCUGGGCUGAGGGAUAGCGCACAGAUCUCACAUUUCAGUAUGUUGUUCAUUGAUCCCCACUGCAUUGUAUUAUAAUGCGCAAAUGGAUGCUGACUUGGAACCUUCAAAAUCUGUUCUCGGGACUGUACCUGCAUGCAAUCUUCCUGUUCGGCAGCGUGUGUGUGGUCUACAGUGACUGCACUCCUGAGCAACUUGCCGCCAUCAUGAACUGCUCCAGACAUGAGCGCCACACCAGGAACUACGACUACAUGGAGGGAGGAGAUGUGCGUAUCCGACAGCUGUUCAGCCGCACGCAAUGGUUCCUAACAAUUGAUGAUAAUGGCAACAUCAAUGGGACUCAAGAUCCCACCAACUGCCACAGUAUCCUGGAGAUCAGGACAGUGUCUGAGGGCGGCAUACUCGCUAUCAAAGGAGUGAAGAGUCAGUAUUAUAUCUCUAUGAACAAGGCUGGACAGCUGCAAGGCAAGAGGAUCUACAAUGAAAACUGCAACUUCAAGGAGGUUUUCCUAGAAAACUACUUUAAUGCUUACUCCUCUGCAAAGUGGACUAAAAAUGGCAAAGAAAUGUUCAUAGCCCUGUCACAGAAGGGAAGACCAAUGCGAGGAAAGAAGACCAGGAGGGAGCAUAUAGCAUCUCACUUCAUACCCAUGAAGUGCAGGGAGGAGGAGAGGAGGGUGGACUGAAGAGGACUAAUGAGUUGCAAAUUGUGUGUGAUUUCAAUCACAUAUUAUUAAUGUUAACGGACACAUAUAGACUCAUUACCACCAUCACACUCCACUCUCCUCCAUUUGUAGAUUUGUUUUGUUAUGUUACAUAAUAUGUUGUAAUUUCCAUAAGAUAAAGGAACAGAUAUCUGAUGGGCACAUUAAACUAUCCCACAACAUCCUCAAAUAAGAUGUUUAGACAAGAAAAUAAUGAAAUAUUUGAAAUAGCUUUGACUGGUAUACAAACUGUAAAACCACUAAAGUCUACUCAAUGUUAUUGUUAUUUUGAGUUCAAUAUUAUAUUUCCUUAUAAAACAGUUAAGUGUUUUCUUAUAAAACAGUAAAAUGUAUUACGCACAGUCGGGACUGUAUCCUUUUCCAAAGAGGAUCUAGACCCAGCCAGAUGAAGAGACCUGUAUGAUCAACAGACAUAGGUCCACAAUAGAGAUUUGGCUUGACCAAGAUGUGCUGAAGCAAGCUGGACUUGUCUUUUUUUUUAAUGGUACAAGUGCUCAGAGCACACGAAAAAGAGACACAAUGAAUUACAAAAGCAUGUUCAGUAAAGACGAUCUGAAUGAUCUGUUUUGAUAUGUCUGUCCUUCCUGCCUUGAAAACUCUGGUCAAAUGCAUUGUAGCUGUUCACUGACUCCCUCUUCAUUAUCAAGGUGUGAUUUUGAAAUGUUAAAGUAUGCUGCUGCUGCAAAGAUAUCCAGAUUAAAAUACAAAGUGAAC